CCUCUCCCCAUCCUCAUCCUUCUUUCCUUCCUACUCCCCCUCCCCCCGCGCCCUCCCCUCCGCCUCCUCAGCAGCUGCCCCAACUAUCAGCCGCGGCAUCAGAGGCGCAAGCCCGCGCCGCCGCCGGCCCGAGAAGCGACCCUACGGCGCCUCAGCCUCCGUGUGGCUCUGGCGUCGGGGCGAGAGGGGCGCCUCACACGCGCUGCUAUUUCUCCUCUCCUCGGGAAUGCUCCGGGAUGCCGAGCAUGCUCCUGCCCCCCGCUUGUGGCGAAGGCGAUUCCGAACCCGCGUCUGUUGAGCGUGGCGUGGAGGAGCGCGAGGACCCUCCGCCUGCCUGCAGCGUGAGGGGCGAGGGCGACGCUGGGGCAUUUGAGCGCUGCGGCGGUGGCGCCUGUUCUCCCGAGUGUGUGAUAAGAGGCACGUGUGGUAUCGGUAAUGAGGUGUGUGGCGGGCCUCCUGCGGUCGCACGUCACACCGGAGGUGGGGAGGCGGCGGAGGGAAGGGGAGGGACGCCUCCUUGCCAGAGCGACCUAGUGCACGCUCGCCCGGUGAGAGUGCUGGAAGAGGGCGAGCAUAAUGGCGGGGAGCGGGGCGGCUUCCCCUCGAGAGGAGUGAGGGGAGCGCGCGUCCGAGGGAGCGAGGACUCGGCGAGGAAGGGGGAGACUCCAGCCGCGGGCAAGGGCCGAGCGCGGCGUGAGAGGACCUCAGUGUUAGUGGACGGGUGCGACCUGGCCCGGCGGCCGCACGGGAAUGAGUGCCAAGUGCUACAGCAGACUGGCACUGGUGGCGGGUGUGCGGGCAGUCGUAGCCAUGACACGGUGGGGGAGGCACACGCCCCGCGAUAUCCGGGGGCGGUGAUCGGUUCCGUGCUGGUGUCCGUGGGGGAAAUCCUUUGGGAGUAUCCUGUGCUUGGGAGUGACGAUGAGGCUGCGUGUGAUCAUGAGGAAGGUGACGGUGAUCAGUGGCUAUUAGUGCUCUCCGACCAGGAUUGGGAGGCGGCUAUUAAUAGUGAUGGUGAACUAGUGACCAUGAGCAGUGACAACGAGAGUGUAGCGGGCUCUCGCCCACCUCACACUUCGACCGCGCCGCAACAUCCCGAUAUAAAUAAGUGCCAAAGUUCUAUAUAUGGCUUUAAAAUCGCCAAAAAUGAAAACGUAAAAGUUAAAAAAUUGUUGCCAAUAUUUACGAGUUCGAGAAGUUCAUCAAGUCAAAAUAUUACCAACUCUGUGACCUUCCGCGUUAAGGGCGACUCGACGUGGCAGACCAGCCGUGCCAACAGGAACUCUGACGUGUGCGAUAUGCAGAUGUACAGGGGCUGCGGGGAAGGGGGCCUCCCGGGCCUCGCUCAGGAGGCUGAAGGAGGAGGAGCAGGCGGAGGUGGAGGCUCCUACAUCAAACUCUGCGGCGUGAGCCUGGGGUCGAGGCCAGCCUCCCCCGACCCCUACCCCCUCUUCCGCUCUGCCACCUUGCCCAGGAAGAUGCCGCAGGCGCGGUAUUCGUCCAUGCCCCCAGGCACUUCGUCGCGGGCCAUGUCGCCCCUCCUGUCGCCCGUGUCGUCGCAGAUCUUCGAGUUUCCAUCCGCGUCAAGUGUUCCGCCGGGGUUGCCGUCGGCCCAGGGGAGCUCGGCAGCGGCGCGACAGGACGAGUCGACUCCGCGAAAUGGGCACAGUGAGAAUGCCCCCAGUACGCAGGGGAUUGAUGCCCGUACUCCAGGGGACACUGGUGUUACUACCACGGUGCAAAGUCGGCAACAGACUCAAGUCCCAGCCCCGAAUGGACCUUGUAAUUUACUCGAGAACAAAUCUUUAGAAGAGAGUGAAACGGAAUGUGUGAAAGAGGGUGACAGUGUGAGUUCCCCAAGUGGUGCCUAUGGUAAUUCUAGUAGUCAGUCAUUACCUCAUUUUCCGGGUGUACCCCAAAAUACACCAGAUAAACAAGAUAUAUGUACAGUAUUUAGUAAAGUGCCUUGUGAUGGUGACGCAAAGAUCACCGUACCCCUAUCCGGGAUCAGCGUUGGUGGCACUGUUGGUGGCACUGUUGGUGUCGCUUCUGGUGGCCCUGUGGCACCAGGUAGUGACCUAGAUGUUACUUGCGGAACUACCACAUGCGCUCAGCCAAAACCUGCUGGGAAUUCCACCCCGGGUAUUGAACAUAAACAGCCGCUCAGUUCCGCCUCGCAAUCUGCAAUAGCUCAAAAUGAUAUUAGGUUAAGAAAGAUGAGGACGAGUGAGAAUGACACACCUCAGGGCGCUGCGGUGCCCCUGGAGGAAGUAACGACGGCAGACGGUAACGCAAUUAGGGUCGCGCCCCUUCCACGUCUGCAGGAAGGGGACACGAAACAAACCGUCGACGAGAAACUUAUUAUUAAUGAAGCGCCAGAGGGACCGGCAGCCAGCCCUGGCGAAGGCGCAGCAGACACGUGUCUUAGAAUCGUCGAGCCAAUUGUUCCUCCUUCGAGCGAUUUCCCUUCCCAGGCGCCCCCUCCUUCGCCAUCGUUCGGGCAGACUUCUGCGACCUCGCUAGAGGAAAAGGCAGAGGCAGAGGGCAAGGGUAUCUCGGCAGACUCCCGCAGCCAAGAGCGCUCUCAAAAGGGCGAUGACGUUAUAGCUCCUGCCCUUCCCUCGCUGGAGACGCUAUCGAAGAAGCCUGGCAAGGUGCGUCUGCUGGGAAACUCGGCUCCUUCGGAAUUAGAUAAGAGAUUGCCCUCUGCUACUGCGCCUCCGUCGGGGCCGUUGUCCGUCGCGAGCAGUGAUGCCGCGAGUGUGCCUGCGGAGUCACGCCUUAACGAGAGCAAGCAAGAAACCGCGGGGCAAGAUUCUCAUUACACAUCAACGGCAGCUGAUCGGCGUAUUGCAUUGCAAGGGCACGUGCACGGCAACGAGGGCGUUAUUAGGGAUGUACCAUGUGUAGCGAAAGAAUCACAAGCGAUUGGCGCUAGAAUAGAUAAUGCUGUCGAAAAUAUAAACAAAACGACGAUCGGCGUGCCUCAGGGGCGUAACUCCGGGAUUUUACAGAUUACUGAACCAGUGAGAGAAGAUGCAACAAGUACAGAGAGUGCCAAUGUGGCUCCCUCGCCGGUGAAACUUUCCUCGUCACCUUAUACUCAAGCACAGCCCCUGCAAGACGUUUCUGCAGGAUUGUGUGUUCCACCUCAGUCUUGCAAUCGUGAUAACGAGCUCUGCAUCAUAGAAGACAAAUGCAUAUCGCAGAGUAUCGAAAAGGAAGAAGCUAACGACAUACAAACACAUUGUCACGAACUCUCUAUCGCAUGCAAUUCUGCAACGGAAAGCUCCUCUUCUUCUCCAGGCACCGCAUCUGCCUCGCAACCACCUGCUCCAACGUCUGACAGUGAUAGUGUCGAAGGAGAAAGUAAUAGAGCGCAGACGGCAGAGCAGACGCGAGCCUCAGUCGGUGAGGACGGCGCAGGAGUUCCGUGCAGACCGGCAUCCUCCUCGGACGUCCCCGGGGAGGCACGUGGUCACGAGGUCGUCCGGGGCGAUACCGCGAGGUUGUCUGAUUCCGGUGCAAGUGAUGUUGACGGUGCCAGUGAUAAGCAGUUGGUCGCAGAUAAGUGCAUUAGUGACGAGACGAAGGCGCGAACGGUUACGCCUCCGCCCCUGCAACGUAACAGGUCCGCGGGGAGUAUCGGCGGCGGCAGGGGAAGGACACCGAGCAGAGAGGAGAGCGUGGGCGCGGAGCCAAGUGCGCCUGCAGUGGGUCGUGGGCCGGGGAUCAGCGAGCGGGCGGCGCUCAUCCGGCAACAGGUGUGCGUCCGGCCGCGUUCGCGAACGACUCACUUCCCGCUGGAUAUCGUGUGCGGUACCAAGCUGCAGUCCCAGCAGGCGCGUACCAAGUUAGACCCUCCUGACCGAGUGGCUCGGCAGAGGAACUCUUCGCUGGGCCACGUCCAGCCCCUCGUGGUCGAACGCGACGCCACGGCGCGCUCCAAGUCGGCGUCGCGGAUCGGCUCGGGGAGCUCUGAGGCCGUAGCGGAGUGCUUGGGCGCCUCGCAAGAGGACGGCGCAGGGCAGGAGCCACGCGGGGCGCCCCACGCGGCAGCGAGGUCGGAAUCCUGCUCGCGAACGGAGCGCGCGCUGCCGCCCAUUCCGCGCCCUUUCAUCGCGCCCCUGGAUGCCGCCCUUAAAAACAAGAUCAAAAUGACAAUCGAUUCGUGCGGAGAUUCGUGUUCGGGGAGCGAGUUGGCGGCUGGGGCUGCGCCGCACGCGCGUGGCGAGCCGCGCUCCCCGGCCGUUGACCGUUGUGACUCGGGAAAUGAAAGUUCUGUGCCACAUGUGAGGGAAAUUGUAACUCAAAAUAGGAAAGCCGAGUCGCAGCCUACGGAGAACAGGGUGGUCCGUGAUGUGAAAAAUGUGGAUGAACGAAACGAGGAGAAUAAUGGGCCGCCGGCUUGUCAAAAUGGAGCUGUCAAAAGUAAGAGUGAAAUGUAUAACCGUGGGAUUAAUAUCAUUGUAUCCGGACCCGAAGUCCAUGAAAAUGAUAAGGUCGUCACCAAGGACGUAAAUGAAGUGAUACAACUCGUAUUGAAAGAUGAGAAUAACAUAAAUACCAAAGAAACCGGUGACGUCAUAGGUCUACCCGCUUCGAGUAGUCCGCCCGACGUCAUACAGGCAUUAGUUGUUGAUGAGCCACGAGGGGCAGGACCACAGGCAGGUGUCAGUGGUCGAAGUGAUUCAGGAGCAGUUAUUAGUAAUCAAAAUGAAACCCCACCACAACGCAUAGCUAAGGGUAUGACUGUUAUAAUGCUGCCGGCGGUUAGAGAUCACAUCGAAGGCCCAGUUGCCGAAGGAGAGACUGAUGCUACGCCAAAAAGAGUUUCUAGAGUCGAUACUGAUGUCACACUACCGAUAAGCGUUAAGGGUGAUGUCAUACAGGAAACAGCAGUUAAAGACAAAUCUAGUGCCACGACAACUGUUAGAGAUCAGGCUGGUGUAACGCAACCGGCGGAUGAUAAGGUGCUACCAACAUCUCCAGGUGAUCUAACACCACCAGAAAAGAUCAAAGUUUCCGCAGAAGUUGCAUCAGUGCCCAGCACCAAGAAUUCCAGUGGUGGAGUAUCUGCGACGGAGCUCUCCGCGAAGGAACCCCAUGUCAGUGAUGGGGCACCAGCACCUACGACGGGGCCCUCUUCAAAGGAACCCCAAAUCACCCCCCGACGAUCGCAGGGACGGAUGCCAACCCCGGUGUGCCUUCCCCCCUCUCGGGCGAGCGGUGGCUCUGGCUUCGGGCCGGAGUCGUGGCUCAAUGCGAUCCCCCUGAAGUACGGCCGGGAGAGCGAGAAGCUUGCCGCGAAAACCAAGAGCCAGGGUGUCGAGGGGAAGACCGUCAAGAGUGAGAAGGAUAAUCACUCCGAGGGGAGUCUUAUACCAGGUGUGAAUGCAUCCGCGGGCAAGAAUGAGUUGUUCAUCGAAGAAGGUCACGUGGACGUAGGGAACGAAGCUAAAGAACCUGCCGGUGGAGAGGUCGUGGCGGGUCCCAUAGAGGUUCCCGCAACAGGGAGCUUGCCUCGAAGACGCGCGAGGGAUUCUUUACUGCUCAAUAAUCAGACAAAUAUUCUCUUCAUUGACGAGUCCGCCCCAGAUCUGUGUGAUCAAGAAGUGACGUCAACAUCAGACAUCAAAGGCGAAGAUAAAAGUGGCGUCGACGUCGAGGAGAGCGCCCCUCGCCUUCCCCCGUCGCCCCCCGAUCCACCUCGUCCCCCGCCUCCCCCUGCUGAGUUGCUGCAACCGGACGUUUGCGUGACGAGCGGAAGCACUAAAGACGGCAACGAAGGUGGCCGGAAGGAUAUUAUUUGUCCGUCAGUUGCAGACGAGUUUGGAGGAUCGGCUGUGCCUUCCCACGCAAGACCGGUGGACCAGCCUGCUACACGAGACGACGAACCGGGUACGUCGCCGAGCGGGGUGAGCGUCGUGGUAACGAGUGUGGAGGAAGUACCUCCGCCCCCUCCCGUGCCCCCGCCCCCUCCGCCGAGGGAAUGUGAUCGCCGCUAUUCCUUGUUAGGAAGGGAAGGAUCGCAGGAUGACUACGAACAGGCUCUGGAGGUGGCCACGCCAGAUCCUGGCCACGGGUUCAGUCACAGCUGCACCAGCGUUGCAACGGUUGUUCGCGUGGACACCCCGAAUCAGCAGCCGCCCAGCCGUCCUCCUCCACCCGAGGACGACGAAGCGGAGGACGUUUUCGUCGACGCCAGCGAUGACGUGGCGCUAGUGGUCACGGAUGUUGAUACAUCGGAUCUUCCGGAGGUCGAUCAGCACCAGCAGCUGCAGGCGUCCUCUCCCACCCUGAUGGAAGCCUCGCCCGCGACUUCAGAGCAUUCGGCAGGAGAGGCAGACUUCGGGAAGGGCGCACUCUCACACAGCGCAUCAGAAACACACUCUUCCGGGAUGUCUGGCACUUCCUCGGUUGAAAUGUCGGCGACGUCAUCUCGCAGCAUGACGGGAACGCAGUCAACGAGCUCGUCGGGAGGUGUGGCCAAGGCUGUGAGAACAGACGCUAGGCGCCCUCUGGUCCUGAUAAGGAAACCCGGGAGCGACGCCCCCGAGGACGGCUCUGUCUCGUCCGGCGGCCACAUAACCGACCCCGACAUGAUGGCUUCCGCGUCGGCCUCGGCUUCGUCGACUGGGUCCGAGGCGUCGUGGACGUCGAGCGGCGGCCCGGUGGCGCGGCGAGAUCUCCUGCCGCUGGACGAGGACGAGGACGAGGUGCAGUGGCGCGCCCUGCUUGCCGUGAACGCACCGGAGAGCGAGGAGGAGCGCACGGGCUACGAGAGCGACGAGGACUUCGACACCAUGGACGCAGAAAUGCGCCGCUUGGAAGAGAAGCUGCGCAGGUUCGAGAAGGAGCUGGGCAACGUCCCGGAGGACUCGUCCGGUGCCAGCGAGACCAAAAUGAAGGGUUCCUCGGGUGGACCCCCGGGUCCCAUGCUGCGCUCGGAGGACCUCGAGGCCCUCAGAAUCUCCCCGCUGCCGAAGGUGUUUCCCGCCGUCUGCAGGGCCAAGACCAAGCACCUGAGUCUCAUGACCAAGCUCGAUCUGCAGCAGUACGGAGAGUCUGACAGCGAGUCGGAUAGCGAGUCCGAUCGGGUCUCCAGCGACUCGGACUCGGCGGACUUCUUGUUCGUCAAGACGAAGAUCAAGCUAAAACCGGGAGACCGAAAGUGCCGCUCGCUCGAACAGAGACGGUCGAAGAACAUGAACAUUUUGAACGAGUCUCGCGAUGCAAAGAAGCGUGAACAGAAGCCCUAUGUUUGUGAAGACGGACUGGACCUCAGCAGCCUGGCCAUCCCGCGAGAUCCGGCAGAAGACGAUUCCUUCAGCGUUGGCUACGAAGAACAAGAGAAAUUCGACAUUCCUCCUCCUCCCCCUCCUCCCGUCGGGUACGUCCAGCAGUUCGGCUCGGACUCCGACGUCGGGAGAGAGCCUGCGCUGCCGGAGGGUCAGGACGAGCCCUAUCCCUCUGAGAUGCCCUCCGACGAAAUGCUGGACGACGACAGCACCAUGUACUACAGCGGCGAGGACCAGGCCCUCCUCGGGUACAUUUGGCAGGAGGAGGACGGCAUGGCGGCGGUCGACUUCGAGGGACUGGAGGACUUCCAGAGCUUCAAGGGACAGAGCGCCCUCAUGUUCAUGUUCGAGGACGACCUCGACGACGACGCAGAGGCCGGGCAACAAAUGGACAACGGCGACAUGAUGGAGUACGAACUGAAGCAGCCCGCGGUCGAGUCACAAGCAUGCGACGACGCCUUGCCGACAGAGCCUCCCGGCGGCGCCCCUCCGCGGACGCGCCGGGGCUCUCAGAAGAGCUCAGACCGGACGUUUGUUUCUGCAUUUAAAAACAGCUUAAAGAAAGCUAGCAAGUAUCUGGGACCAAAACUAGAGAGUUAUCAGAAGAAGGAGGCGAACCACGGCGUCGUCCCUCAGCCGGCAGACUGGUCGCCGAAUAGUAAUAACAGUAAUAAUAACAAUGUAACAGUCAAUAACAACAUUAGUAAUAACAACAGCAACAACAACAUCGACAACAAUAAUACCAGCAACAACAACAAUAACAGUGAUAUUGGUUUAAUAGACGACACAAAUUUACCGCCGUCGUAUUUCGCGCGACGCUAUUCGGGCGGGCUGGGCGAGGGCACCGCGGGCGUGUACAACGUGCAGAGUGGGCGCGUGGCUCCUGCCACGGCUCUCGCGCACCCGAGUGAUAGCGAAGGCCCCGAUCGCCACUCCUGCAGCUCGGGGGAGUACUACGCCGCGCCCGCUCUCUGCGUCAACACCUCCGACGAAGAUCCUCCCGCCCCUCCGAGGCGCCCGCAGGAAGCCCUCGGCCAGCCCCCGGCGCCUCCCCCGAGAUGGGUGCAGCGAAGGUCCUACAUCGCCAAAGACGUGGAUUCGGAUGCCCUGAUGCGUCGUCUCUCGCAGACCUCCCAAACGUCCCAGGAAGGAUGCUGGUUCAGCACGCUUCCUCCGCCCAACACAGCGCCCCAUCCCUCAUUCCAGGCUCCCGUGGGCACGAUCUUGCCUCCCCACCAGGUGCCCCCCCUCCUCCUCCCGCUCAGCAGCCAGCCGCUGGCUCCGACGGCGGUGACAGCUCCCGCUCAGAUCCCGGGCUUCCAGGAGGAGAUGCAGUUCUACCUCGUGGGAACCCCGAACGCGAACGUCGACGGGACAGAGCCGGAGCUUCGCCGAAGGUCCAGGGGCACUGAGCUGGAGGAGGUGCGGCAGAUGGCGCUGCCCGUGUCUCCGAGCCAUGCGGACUCCUGCCCACCGCCGGUGACGUGGGCUCCCGGCUACUACGACAAAUGCUCCAAAAUAGACAAUUUUCCGGGUAUGGCCCCGGCCUUCUGCCCCAACCACGGCAGUCCGGACGCCGUCGUGGACCUUCCCCCGGGCAGCGGGCCUCCCCUCUCGCCCACGCACAGACCGACUUCAGUCAAACAGCUCAAGCGGAAGCAUCAAGAGAAGGCUCUCCGGCAGGAGGCCGAGGAGGGCAUAGAAGGCUGCACCUUCUGCAUGGGCGUCCCCCUGAUGCGCUCGCGCCCGCCGGAAGAUAGCUCCCACUGGCGACAAUCUAGCCCGCACCCCCGCGCUAUCACCGACCGGCGCUCCUGGCCGCCCAGAAAAUGAUCCAGGAGUGUCAACGCUAGAACAUAAAAGGGGAGAUAUUUUAGGGCUUUUUUGAAUAAAUGUAUUUAUGUAGAAA